GAAGUGCGUCACCAUUGACAUCGCUGAUUGGUCAGAUUCUCCUCCUUUUGCGGCUGCGCUCACUUCGCCCGAGUCGAGACAGAGCAGAGAGUAUGGAGACUGCUGGAAAAGUGAUCAAGUGCAAGGCAGCUGUUGCCUGGGAGGCUGGCAAGCCUCUGUCCAUCGAGGAGGUGGAGGUUGCACCACCUCAGGCUCAUGAGGUCCGCAUCAAGCUCUUUGCCACAGGAGUGUGCCACACCGACGCGUACACUCUGAGCGGCAGCGACCCCGAGGGCCUUUUCCCUGUCAUCCUGGGCCAUGAGGGGGCGGGGACUGUUGAAAGUGUCGGCGAGGGUGUCACCAAGUUUAAGCCAGGUGAUGCUGUCAUUCCGCUUUAUGUGCCUCAGUGUGGUGAAUGCAAGUUCUGCAAAAAUCCCAAGACCAACCUAUGCCAGAAAAUAAGAGUGACCCAGGGUCAGGGCCUAAUGCCGGACAAGACCUCCCGCUUCACUUGCAGGGGGAAGCAAGUGUUCCACUUCAUGGGGACCAGCACCUUCUCCGAGUACACCGUGGUGGCCGACAUCUCUCUGGCCAAAGUGAACCAGAAGGCUCCCCUGGAUAAAGUGUGCCUUCUGGGAUGUGGCAUCUCCACAGGAUACGGUGCUGCCCUGAACACCGCCAAGGUUGAACCCGGCUCCACGUGCGCCGUCUUCGGCCUGGGAGCUGUAGGUUUGGCCACUGUUAUGGGCUGCAAGGUCGCAGGGGCAAGCCGCAUCAUCGGUGUGGACAUCAACCCUGCCAAGUAUGACAUGGCGAAGCAAUUCGGAGCCACCGAGUUUGUGAACCCCAAGGACCACAGCAAGCCCAUCAAUGAAGUCCUGGUGGAGAUGACCGAUGGCGGUGUGGACUACUCCUUUGAAUGCAUCGGAAAUGUACAGCUCAUGCGAGCUGCUCUGGAGGCGUGCCACAAAGGAUGGGGAGAGAGCGUCAUUAUCGGCGUCGCUGGAGCCGGACAGGAGAUCUCCACCAGACCUUUCCAGCUGGUGACGGGCAGAGUGUGGCGUGGCACCGCCUUCGGAGGCUGGAAGAGUGUGGAGAGCGUUCCCAAACUGGUGGAAGACUACCUGAGUAAGAAGUUGAAGGUGGACGAGUUUGUCACUCACAUGCUGCCCUUUGACAAAAUCAAAGAGGGUUUUGAUCUCAUGCACGCUGGAGAAAGCAUCCGCACUGUUCUGACCUUCUGAAGUGCCUCCACCAGUCAAGCAGCUCCUUAAUGUUUCAACGUUCCUAGCGCUUAAUGUGAUUACUGUUUUCACUGUUGGAGCAACUGUUUAAGGGUCUCCUUAACUGUUUCAAUAAAUCUUUUUCAACACA